AGUUUGUCCCUUACCACUUUCUGUUGUUCAGGGUUGACAUCAUGGCGGCUGCCUUACGGUCACUACACAGAUGCUGCCAGCUGCCAGCUCUCCUCGUCGUUGCUAGGCGACCAUGGAGCUCCAGCUCAAUGACCCGACCUCCUGUGCACACGAGGCUCCUCCUUUACCUCACCCAGCAUUUCUACGAUGUAGAGAUGCUCCUGACCUGGAUGUUUAACAGGAAGAGGACGGGAAUUCAAAAGAAGAACGCUUAUCUUGGAUACGCUGCGAGUCUUUAUGGUCCACAAGUAGCAGCAGCACAUUUCAUCUUGACUCUAAAAGGAGGACUCAGGUUUAAAAACCAGUCGGACUGGUUCCGCGCAAACACAAAGGGCAAAUUCAGUUGGGACUUUGUGAACUACAAAGAUGUCCAAAUAGAGGAAAUAGACCUGAGCAACACAAUGGUCAACUAUAGAGGACUGGAAAACCUGGACACACAACGAUCUUUGCGGACUCUGUCAUUAAAAGGUUGUCCUGAGGUGGACGACUGGUUUCUGGCCAGGCUCCAUGUGUUCCAGGACUCUCUAGAGGAACUGGACAUCUCUCACUGUCCACACAUUACCACAGGAGGCCUAGCUGCACUAAGGAAUCUGAAAGGACUGAAACGUCUGGAUGUGUCAUCCCUCCCUAGAAUUCAAAGUCCUGGAUUGGUCGUCAUCCUGCUGGAGGAUAUGUUACCAAAGUGCGACAUAGUAGCUACUGGAUAUGACUACAGUUUUGUCCAGGAGGAUGAAGAGAGCAAGGUGCAGCAUAUGCAAGGGCAGAGUGCAUGAAGAGACAAAAAUCAGAAGAUACAAAGAGAGAGGCCUCUGAGAAUGUGCUGAUGUCAGACCUGAUUAAUGUAAUUAUCUUUGCGAUAUGAUGUGUGAUAAACACAUCACAAAAGACAGCCUGAAACACUGUCUGUAAGGAAACAUUAUUUUAUAAACAACGCAUCCAACAUAAGCAAUCAGAUGAGGCUCAAAUAGGACUCUGUGGAUGUUUCUCAUAUUGUGUAGGCUAAUCAUGAAGAUACACUCGGGUGUAUUGGUUCUUAAAGGCUCUUUGUAUAAUAUCUAUGGGGAUGUAGCAGUGAAGGUGUUAAUUAGAGCCAAUUGAACAAACCCCCCCCUAAGAUUGGUGAUGCGAUGAUGGAUCUGAUGCACUGUCUGUUCUGGACUUUGAAGUUACUGGGAUAUUAACUCAGUUCUACACUCAAACAUUGUAGGUGUGUGUAAAGCAACUAAACACUGUAUACAAGCUGCUAUAAAAUUGGAGAAAAAAGUAAAUUUGCCCAUUCUGUAUGAAAAUGAAACAACUGGACCCCUCAACAGAUAUAAAAUACUCAUUGUAAGCAAGAAAAAACAGUGUUUAUUUUUUUCCAAUGUUAUAUUUAUUAAAUAAAUAUUACAACUAAUUUCUGUGAUUAAAUCAACCUAAAUCUUACAUACUGGACCUUUAACAGACUUAAGAAUAAUUAUAAAAUAGCAAUAUCCAAUGAGAUCUAUGUAGAUGACAAGGACAAGACAAUU